CGCGCAUGCGCCGCGCGUGUGUCUUCUCGUUAGUAAUCCAACAUGGCCGCGCUCGUGGGUAUCCGUGCGUGCCUCUCCGCGCUCCAGCUCUCCUCCCCGAGUCUCCUGCACAGCUCCUACAAACUGUGUGCGGUUCCUCUGAGCCGGAGGAGUUUCGCUGCCGACGCUAAGAAGGUGUUCUCCCGUGAUAAACCUCACGUGAAUAUAGGAACCAUCGGUCACGUGGACCACGGGAAGACCACGCUCACCGCCGCCAUCACCAAGGUGCUGGCUGAGGCUGGUGGUGCGCGCUAUAAGAAGUAUGAAGACAUUGAUAACGCUCCUGAAGAGAAAGCCAGAGGCAUCACCAUCAACGCCUCGCAUGUGGAGUACACGACCGCUAACAGGCACUACGCGCACACAGACUGUCCCGGUCACGCCGACUAUGUCAAGAACAUGAUCACAGGCACGGCUCAGCUGGACGGCUGUAUCCUGGUGGUGGCGGCGACGGACGGUCAGAUGCCCCAGACGCGUGAGCACCUCCUGCUGGCCCGUCAGAUCGGCGUGCAGCACGUGGUGGUGUACAUCAACAAGGCGGACGCCGUGGACGACCCUGAGCUCUUGCAGCUUGUCGAGCUCGAGAUCCGAGAGCUGCUCAGCGAGUUCGGAUACGACGGAGACAACACACCCGUCAUCAGUGGCUCGGCCCUCUGCGCCCUCGAGAACCGGCAGCCUGAGCUGGGAGUGAACUCCAUCAUGAAGCUGCUGGAGGUAGUGGAUGAGUUCAUCCCUCUGCCCAAGAGAGACCUGGACAAACCCUUCCUGCUGCCCAUUGAGGGAGUCUACUCUAUACCAGGUCGUGGUACGGUGGUGACGGGCACUCUGGAGAGGGGAGUGAUCAAAAAAGGAGACGAGUGUGAGUUUGUGGGACACAACCGCUCUGCCAAGUCAGUGGUCACAGGUAUCGAGAUGUUUCACCAGUCUCUGGACCGCGCGGAGGCGGGGGAUAACCUGGGCGCGCUGGUGCGUGGUAUGAAGAGGGAGGACAUGAGACGAGGCGUGGUGAUGUGUAAACCAGGCUCAGUCCAGCCUCAUCAGAAAAUUAAAGCUCAGGUGUACGUACUGAGUAAAGAGGAAGGUGGCAGACACAAGCCUUUCGUCACCAACUUCAUGCCGGUCAUGUUCUCCCUCACCUGGGACAUGGCCUGCAGGAUCCAGCUCCCUGAUGGCAAGGAGAUGGUGAUGCCCGGCGAGGACACGUCCCUCACUCUGACCCUGAGACAGCCCAUGGUGUUGGAGAAAGGUCAGAGGUUCACGCUGAGGGACGGGAACAGGACCAUCGGCACGGGGCUCGUCACGGACAUCUUGACCGCCACAGCCGAGGACCAGCACAACUGGGGCUGAGACUGACUGGGGGGAGGGGCUGGGGGUAUCGGGGCGGGGUUACUGUGACUGAGGGUGGGGUUACAGACAGUAAGGGCGGGGCAGGAACUCAUCCAAGCUUGUGACUCGAUCAGAUUUGCGUUAGUAUGAACAGCCACGGUUUAUUAUUUCCUGCUCUCUCUUACAAACACACACACACACACACACACACACACGUUCCAAAACUUUGUUCCCUCCAUCACUUUCAGUUUGUAAGAUGUACUCUGUGAGAUCUGAUACAGGCAGCAAACUAGCCACCAUCCUGUUUAGAAUGCUAACCCGACGUUGUGCUAAUUUGCUAGCUUACUCCCUAGUCAUCGUACCAAGCACUUAGCUAACUAGCUUCUGCUAAUUAUCUCUCUUGCUGGCAUGCUAGCAGAGCAUCCAUCAGCCUGGAGAAAUGCCGAGUCUCAAACCAUGCCAGUUACAUUUUUUUUAUUUGUUUCUUAGAGCGCAAACCAAAAUUUUAGCGAAUAGACCUUUUCUGUUGGCUAAUUAGGGAGUCUGUUGAUGUGCUAGCGGAGCUCGAGUCAUCCUGGAGAAACACAGAGUCGUUUACAUUGAGCCUGAGAUAAUUAGCUGUCAGGAAUCGGUCAUUUAAACACGCUAACAGAACUCGUGGAUCCUUUCGGUUUCUUUGAAUUGAACAUGAAGCCGUGCUGUUUUUCAGGGUAAGAGGACGAGGCUGGAGAUCCUACGUUGGGGGCACACACACACACACACACACACACACACACACACACACAAAGGGAGUUUUGAGGUUCUAUACUGUCUGCUUUUUGCUUAUGAAAUGUCUCUGUGAUGAUGGCUAUGUGGCUGAUGUAAUAAAUGUAUUUAAUACA